UUCCCCUCCGGAGAGGCCGGUUUGGAAGAGAGCCCAGAAAUGAGUGGAAUGCUAUCUAAAACAAGCAAAAAUCUAUUAUAAUAUUUGUUCAAUUCUACUUAAAUGAAGAAAGGUUUUUUAAAAUUCCAGUUGGUAAUUAUCCCAUUUAGACACUAGUGAACAUGUCACUCAAUCCAAGUCGACCUUCCUCAUCAGAGUUGGUGGAACUUCAUGUUUUUUAUGUCCCUGAGGGAUCAUGGAACUAUAAGUUAAAUACCAUUUCAAUAGAAGAUGUUAGCAAAUUCAUUUCAGCUGGAUUUAUAAGAGUAUCUCCUCAACUUACUUUACAAGCCCUGAGGGAGCGUCUUGGUGAGUUCCUUGGCGAAGAUGCUGUUGCAGAAAAAUUUUUAUUUCUAAAAUGCAUUGGAAAUAAUUUAGCUGUGGUGAAAGAAAAGCAAGAAUCAAAACUGAAACUCAAAUCAUUUGCUCCUCCAUAUGCUCUUCAACCAGAGUUAUAUUUGCUUCCUGUAAUGGACCAUUUAGGAAAUGUUUAUUCAACGUCAUCAACAGUUACUUUAGAUGAGCAGCAGACUAAUAAUGGUGUUACUGAGGCUGAUGAAACAAUCCACAGACCAGUUAGUGUCUCAGAGGGAGAGCCUGGAUUUUAUCCCAGUUUAUUAGAAAACACUUUGAAAGAGCUUCUUAACAAGAGUAUGGAAGAAGCUGUGGGAAAAGCUACUCUAAAGGAAAGCCAGACUGCAAGAAGUCAAAUUGGAAAUUCUGAGUUGCCAGGAUCAAUGGAAGAUUCAAAUAAUUAUUUCAGCUGUAAAAAAAGUCAGUUUCUUUGGAAAAAUGAAGAUGAUACAGCUAUCGGUAGAAGACGCCAUAGUCAGACAGGUAAAAAAGAGUACAUCACCCUACCGGGUCUUAGUGAUUUUCAUUCACCUCCUUGUCAACCUGUUCUUCCUUCAGGAACAAUUGAUAGCUCUUUACUACAGAUUGAAAGAGAGAAGAUUAUUGAACAAAUGAAACAUGUAAAGGAAGAAAGAAGAUAUCUGGAAAGAAUUAGAGAAGAACUAAUUAAAAAAGCUGAUAAGCUAUUUGAACAAAGCAAAUUGAAGCAAUAUUAUGCCUGCAAUGGUUGGAAGAAAAAAUACUUGGAAACAAAGAAAGUCACAGCAUCGUUGGAGGAGGUUUUAACGAAACUUCAAGAAGAUUUGGAACUUUACUAUAAACAGUUGCUCAUGCAACUUGAAGCCAGGGAGAUCAAGAUGAGACCAAAGAAUAUGGCAAACAUCACAGACUCUAAGAAUUACCUUAUAAUCCAGAUCACUGAGGUACAGCAUGCAAUUGACCAACUUAAGAGAAAACUGGAUACUGACAAAAUGAAACUCAUAAUAGAAGUCAAGAUGAGAAAGCAAGCAGUUUCAGAUUUACGAACACUGAAAGCUGAACUGGCACAGAAAAAGUUAAUACAUCUUUACAACCUCAAUUAGGUAUGCUAAUUUAAGACUUCCAUUUGUCAAAAAAUGUCAAUAUUUAUUUCCACAGAUUUGUUUAACUGCUAUUCUUCUUGGCAAUGUUUUAUAUACGUCAUAAGGUUUAUCUUUCUUCACUUUUCAUGGGGAUAUUACAAAGUGUUUCAGAAAAUAUUAGACGUAACAUAAAGCAAAAGAUGACAGGUUUUUUUUUAAGAUUUCAAGGUUUUUUUAACCUAUUAUUUUGCAACACUAUAUUCUUACUUUUCAUCCUAAUAAUCUUAACAUUUAAAAGCUAAUAUGACUGUAAAAUCUAAUUACAAAGAAAAACACGUUUUAAUGAGUAAUAUAUUUGCAUAAAAGCAGAGACUUCAUUUAACUUAAUUUGUUAAUUGUAUCUUAAUUAAAAGAAAUCUGAAAAUAUAAAAGAAUAGGGAUACUGAACUUGCAUCCAGAGCUAUGAUAGAGAUUAUUAUCUAAGAAUUUAAAUUUAUAUAUUUAUUCCAGAAAUAUAAAGUCAACAGUGACUCAACAUACACAAUGGAAAGUUAAUUUUACUCUGUCAUAAACAAUUGUGUAAAUAGGAUAUAUCAUAUUCUCAUAACAGAUGGUUGAAUCAUCAUUUAUUCCAAUUUGGAGGUGAGAAAUGUACAGGGAAGGCAGGGUUUAUGUAAAUCCAGAGUUCAAAGAUGCAGAUUUUUAAUCCAUGUAGGUAUAGAAACUAAUAAGGACAGCACAUGUUGUUUUUAACUGCCUUGAGAGAGAGAAUAGAGACUUUAUUACAUUUAGAAAAGUUUUUUUUUGCAUAAAAUCGAUCUUUUAGAAAGAGGAAUCAGUUGAGAACUAAUCAAUGUCUUAAGAUAAUUAAAAAUACAAUGCAGUUGUAGAAAAAGAAAAAUUUAACCAUGAAAAGAGAACUAGCCAAGAAAUAAAUUAUACAUGUACAUAAAUGAAGGAAUAUGAAUAAUUAGAAGUGUAAACGACAAUGAAUAGAUUCAAGUUCAACAUCAAGAUAUUCCUAUUAUUGAAAAUUUUACAGGUGAACCUCAUAAAAAUAUUUUAGUUGGAAAAUAUUAGGUAGUUCUAACUUACUAAUUACAAUUUUUUUUUUUUUUUUUUUUGCGUCAGAG